AAUACAACAAAUCCAUUAUUAAUUUAAAAAAAAAUGGAGAGUGAACGUGAACAUGAAGGGUACAGAAGAGGUUAUUAUAGCGAAGCUAUAACAGAUUUAAAUACAACCCUUAAAGGGGUUACACAAGGUGGAGCUUUUAAAAAAACGAAACUCUUGUGGCAAGUUCGUACGGAACAUCAUGCCCCGAUUAUCCGAAGUCUUCACCCACCGAAAAAACGCAACUUUUUAGCCCCAGCUGAAAGAUGGAUGUGUUACGAAGAGGAAAGAUCACUUUGCUUUCCGGUGGAUACAUUCGAACCAAAAGUACAAAUGCAGCAUGAAAUAAUUCCAUUUCUUCUUCCACGAAAUGUGGCAAUCGAAAGAAAAAGAAGGCAAUAUCAAGAGAGAACAAUAAGAGAGUGUUUAUCAAAUUUAAAUGUAAAUUUAAGAAAAUUAAUUCCUUAUAACGUUUUAUGGGCUGCUGAAACUGUGGAAGGAAAAUAUGGUUUAUAUCCAAAAGUAAAUUAUUUGCCAUUAGAGCUUUUCGAUAAUGAAGAAUAUGAUGCUAGAACUCCUCAAGGUUGGUUAGAUCAUGGUCUUCUCGAUGGUUUUCGACAUCCCCUUCCCGGCGAAGCUUUCAUACCAGAAGAUAUUGAUCCGGAUGAAAAUAUACCCGAAAAGGAACGGCAUUUAAUGUACGAUUGGACAAACGUUGCCGUACUGGAUUAUAUUCGUGAUAAAAAACUUUGGAGUAUUUUAACAUUAGAUGGGAAACAAAGACCGUUUCAAGUACCCCGGAUUUACUUAAUGUUUAAAGCCGAGGAUCCGGAAAUAUUCGCUAAACGACUAAAAAGCGCCAUCGAUUUGAGGGAUUAUACGGAAGGUGUUAUUCGUUACGAAUUUUAUGUGGAUAGUAUUUGUUCGACUGGCACCUAUGAUAUUGAUGAUAAUACGUGGGACAAAAUUUAUAAUUCAGCCACAAGAGGAAAACAAAUUUUUAAAUCUGAUUAUGUAAUUGAAAUUGAAGAGGAAGUUCGUUUGAAUCAUCGCAGAGCGUUUGACGAAAUGGUAUUUCGACAUCGAGCUUAUAAGGAGCCUUACGUUUACAGUUUUCUCACUAUUCCUAGAAGAGAGGAAAUUAAAGUACCCAAACAAGGUUUUGUUGAUAGCGGCAUGGUAAAUUUUAAAAAACGACGUGAUUACUUCCGUUGGAUGAAUAUUUAUGUGGUCGAACAUACACACAGGGCCAUGUGUUUAGUUGUUGGUGAAUGUAUGAAAGUCGCUCAAAUGUGCUUAUUUUCCACAUCUUAUGGAAAAAAUGUUACAUUGUCCGAAUUUGCUGAAAUACAAACGCAAAUGACAAAUUCCGUUAUAAAACAAUUAAAAACAGCAUGGUUAGAUACAACAGCUUAUAAUAUAAGGAUGUGUUUGGGAUAUUUAGGUAAAGGUUGGUUUAACCUUAACGAAAAGAUUCAUGAAGUUUAUGAUAUAGCUAAACUUCUCAGAUUUAUGGAUCUCGUUAAGUUUCAUAUGCAGUACGCUUUACGACUUUUGGUUCAAAAUUCUACAUCGACUUUUUGCCAAUUAGUCGAAGCUCCAUGUCGGCCUUGUUACGUAUGUGAUGAUGAUUUCGAAUGGAAUGAUGAUUUAAUAAAUUCACCAUUCCGACCGAGCGUGGGGCCGCUUUUUAAUUUAGUUCUUAAUAUGUCCGAUACUGGAGCAUUUUAUAGCACAGAUCCGGAAGAUUAUGGACAAACUUUAUUACACCUUUACGAUACUGGAAUAGCGUUAACGCACACAAUAAAACAAGUUCAUCCUUUAUUACUAACCUUUUUAAGAUUUCCCGCAGAUUUAACAUUAUCUUCGGUUGGAUUACUAGAAGAAUUUGUGUGUAAUUACAGGGAAACGUUUUUACAAGCCUAUCAAAAAGCAAUAAUUCCUUUAAAAGCUUUUGCACGACGAUUCACUCCUUAUAAUGAAUUUUUUAUGCUUGAUAUUAAUAAAUAUUUAGAAGAUUUUAAAGAAUUAGGAGCACCCGAAAUAAAGGAAGAAGUCUCUUUCCAAUUAAAAAUGAAAACUAAUUUAGAAAUAUCCCUUCCGACAACGAUAAUAAUUGGUCCGUUUUUAAUAAAUUCCAUUAAUUUAAGGGACUUUUUAAUAAAUAAGCGACAGGAUAUAGCGACGAAACUGUUGGAUCAAUUCGUAGAACGAAUGAAAGAUUUGAUUACGAAAUUAAUUGACGAUUAUCAUGACAUUCAAACGAAAUUGUUUGAACAACCGAAUUCGAUUGAGCAUAUUUAUGAUAUUCGGGAUUGGAUGGAAACAGUUCCAAUGAAUAUAAGGGGAAUGGAGGAAUCGGCUAAAAGGUUAUUACUUGAAUAUGAUAUUCUAGAAGGUUUUUGGUAUAAUCUUCCGGAUGAGGAUUUUGAGAAUAAGUGGGAGGUUGUAGGUUGGCCAAGAAAAAUUUUGAAUCUCCUCGAUCAAACCAAUGAAUUCUUAGCGGAAGAAACUGAAAGAUUCCUUAAAAUCCAAUACAAUGACGAAAUGGCUUUAACCGAAAAAAUCGAUCAAUUAUCCGUUCAAGUGACGAAAUUAUCUGCUUUAAGAAAUUUCGCAGACUGUCAUGAUAUAGCUGUUGAAAUGCGUCGUCUUUGGAAGCAAAUGAAAGAAGCCCAAGAACAAGGAUUAGUACUUAAUACUCGUCAGAAAUUGUUUAAUUUGCCCGUUCAACCUUUCGAUAGUUUAAAUAAAAUUAUGAAAGAAUUCCAACCCUACAAGGAUUUAUGGAUCACCGCAUCCGAUUGGUUAAGAAACAAAGAAAUUUGGAUGGAUAACCCUUUGGUUAACAUUGAUGGUGAUUCAAUUGAAAGGGUUACGAACGAUAUGCAGAAAAUGAUGAUUAAAUUGUCAAGGACUUUUCAAGAUAUACCCGCCGUUCAAGAUAUUGCCAUUCUUAUUAGGGAUGAAAUAGAAGAGUUUAAACCCAACGUUCCACUAAUUCAAGCAUUAAGGAAUCCGGGAAUGAGAGAACGACAUUGGGAACAAGUCGCAGAACAAACAGGAAUUCAAAUAACUCUUACUUCAACUACAACAUAUAAAGAUUGUUUAAAUCUUGGAAUCCUUCCAUUUGCUGAUGUAUUAGUAAAAGCAUCCGAUGAAGCAUCUAAAGAAUAUGGAAUAGAACAAGUUUUAGAAAAGAUGCUUGGAGAUUGGGAAGGUGCCUAUUUAGAAUUAACAGCAUACAAAAAUACUGGAACGUACAUCGUAAAAGUGGCUGAAGAAAUCCAACAGAUGCUCGAUGAUCAAAUUGUUAUGACACAACAACUGUCUUUCAGUCCGUUUAAAGGUGCUUUUGAGCAAAGGAUCGACGAAUGGGAACAAGAUUUAAGAACUAUGGCCGAUGUUUUUGAAGAAUGGAUGGAUGUUCAGAGACAAUGGAUGUAUUUAGAGCCGAUUUUUUCUAGUGAAGAUAUCAAAGAGCAGUUGCCAAAUGAAAGUAAGAAAUAUGGAUCGAUGGAGAGAAGUUGGAAAAGAAUUAUGCGGAACGCUUACGAGUGUCCGAAAAUCAUCGAGUAUUGUCCUGAUAGAAAGUUGUUGGAAAGCUUAAGAGACGCCAAUCAUAUGCUGGAAAUUGUACAAAAAGGUCUUGCCGAUUAUUUGGAAUACAAAAGGAUGACAUUUCCUAGAUUAUUCUUUCUUAGUGACGAUGAAUUAUUGGAGAUUUUAUCCCAAGCAAGGAAUCCCCUUGCUGUUCAACCUCAUUUAAAAAAAUGUUUUGAAAACGUUGCAAUGCUAACAUUUUUAGAUGAUUUACAAAUUACUCAAAUGUUCUCAGCAGAAGAAGAAUGCGUUGACUUGCGACCACCUUUUUAUCCAAAAGGAAAUGUGGAAAAUUGGUUGGUGGUUUUAGAAGAAACCAUGAUAUCUACAUUACGAACAACAUUCGGUGAAUCUUACAUCGAUUUAUAUAAAAAACCACGCCAAGCGUGGGUUUUAAGAUGGCCAGGUCAAAUAGUGAUCGCUUGCAGCCAAACUUACUGGACUGCGGAAGUUGAAAAUGGCAUAAAUAAACAUGCUUUACCCGGCUUCUUCAAAGUUAUGUUAGAUAACCUCGACGCUUUACGAAGUUUGGUUAAAGGAACACUUACAUUUGUUCAACGAGAAAUUGUUUGUGCCCUCAUAGUUAUUGAAGUACACUCGAGAGACGUUACGCAAACUCUCGUUGAUAAUAAAAUUAUGAGCGUGAACGAUUUCGAUUGGAUAAGUCAAUUAAGAUAUUAUUGGAUUGAAGGUGAAGUUAAAGUAAGAGCUGUAAAUGCGGAAUUUCCCUACGGGUACGAAUAUUUAGGAAACAGUGGAAGAUUAGUUAUAACACCAUUAACGGAUCGAUGUUACUUAACAUUAACUGGAGCUCUACAUUUAAAAUUUGGCGGAGCUCCGGCCGGACCUGCGGGUACUGGGAAAACGGAAACAACCAAGGAUUUAGCGAAAGCUUUCGCUCGACAAUGCGUAGUAUUUAAUUGUUCCGAUCAGCUGGAUUUUAUGGCUAUGGGGAAAUUUUUUAAAGGUUUAGCGAGUUCCGGUGCUUGGGCUUGCUUUGAUGAAUUCAAUCGUAUCGAUAUUGAAGUUUUAUCCGUUGUUGCUCAACAAAUCAUGACUAUACAAAAAGCUCAAGUACAACGUUUGGAACGGUUUUUGUUUGAAGGAUCAGAUAUUGUAUUAAAAGCAUCUUGUGCUGUUUUUAUAACGAUGAAUCCGGGUUAUGCCGGAAGAACGGAAUUACCAGAUAAUUUAAAAGCGCUAUUCAGACCGGUUGCGAUGAUGGUGCCUAAUUAUUCGUUAAUUGCUGAAAUUUCUCUAUUUUCCUUCGGAUUUGGCAACGCAAAACGCCUAGCUAAUAAAAUUACGACCACGUUUAAAUUAAGCUCGGAACAGUUGAGUAGUCAGGACCAUUACGACUUUGGAAUGAGAGCUGUUAAAACUGUAAUUGCUGUCGCGGGUAAUUUAAAACGAGAACGACCCAAUAUGGAUGAGAAUCAAAUCAUAUUAAGGUCUUUAAGAGAUGUUAAUGUACCUAAAUUUUUAAAGGAUGAUUUAAAGUUAUUUAAUGGAAUCGUGUCGGAUUUAUUCCCAAGAAUGAUUGAAGAAGUGGUCGAUUAUGGUGCUUUAGAGGAAGCCAUAAGAUUUUGUAUAAGAGAUAAAGGAUUAGAAGACGUUGAUGAUUACGUUAGAAAAGUGAUUCAACUUUAUGAAACGACCGUCGUGAGACAUGGAUUAAUGUUGGUUGGACCUACAGGUUCUGGAAAGACAAAGUGUUACAUCGCUCUUCAACAAGCGAUGACUAGAUUAAAAGGAAAACCACAACCGAGCGGUUAUCCAUUUCAACCUGUUCACACUUACGUACUUAACCCAAAAUCGAUUACAAUGGGACAACUUUAUGGUGAAUUUGAUCUUCAAACACACGAAUGGACUGACGGUAUUUUACCAUCAUUGGUAAGAGUUGGAAUUAAUGCUGAAAAUAAAGAUAAACGUUGGUAUAUUUUCGAUGGUCCCGUCGACGCCGUUUGGAUCGAAAACAUGAAUACAGUAUUGGAUGAUAACAAAAAGUUGUGUUUGAGUAGCGGGGAAAUCAUUAAACUUCGAGAUACGAUGACGAUGAUGUUUGAAGUUGCUGAUUUAGCUGUAGCUUCUCCGGCUACUGUUUCAAGAUGUGGAAUGGUUUAUUUGGAACCGGGUGUUUUGGGCUUGGAGCCGUUUGUUAAUUGUUGGCUCUUAAGGCUUCCGCAACUAGCCACUGAAUAUGGUGAAAAAUUGCAUAACCUUUUUGAAAUUUAUCUGUACCCAGCUAUUGACCUAUUGAGAUCGUCUCUAAAAGAAAUACUAACAUCAGUAGAUUCGGCUUUGGUUUUGUCGUUUUUAGGACUUAUGGAUUUCAGAUUAUUACCAUUAAGUGGGAAAGAUAAUAGACCUCCUCCGCAACAACAAUUUCUUAAACUAACACCACAACUUUUAGUUCCUUGGGUAGUAUUUUCUUUAAUUUGGUCAAUUGGGUGUACAUGCGAUCAUAAUGGAAGAGAUAAAUUUUCUCAAUGGUUAAGACAAACGAUGCAAGACAAAAAUCAUAAACCACAAUUUCCAGCUCCAGGUCUUGUCUAUGAUUAUAGACUUCAUGAUGGUGGUUUUACAGUUCCAACUGAUGAUGGUGAUCCGAAACCACCAAAGUGGCAAAAUUGGAUGGAUGGUGUCGAAGAAAUAAAAAUAACUGUAGAUAUGAAAUAUUCAGAUAUGGAAGUGGCAACGAUUCAUUCAAUAAGAAAUGCUGAAUUAUUAGGAAUGAUCGUGUUGAACGAAGGUAACGUUUUAUGUGUUGGCCCAACUGGUACCGGAAAAACUUUAACUGUAAUUGGAAAAUUGAGUAAAAACAUGCAUAAAAAGUUUAUUUGCGAUUUUAUAACGUUUUCGGCGAGAACCUCCUCAAAUCAAACCCAAGAUUUGAUCGAUUCGAAAUUAGAUAGACGAAGGAGGGGUGUUUUUGGACCGCCUGUAUUAAAAAGACAAGUGUUUUUUAUUGAUGAUUUUAAUAUGCCGGCUUUAGAAGUUUACGGAGCUCAACCUCCAAUUGAGUUAAUUCGACAAUGGAUGGAUUUUAGUGGUUGGUAUGAUAGGAAAAAUAUUGGAGAUUUUCGUACAAUUAUCGAUGUUAAUUUCGUUGCUGCAAUGGGACCUCCCGGUGGAGGUAGAAAUCCGGUCACUGCACGUUUACUAAGACAUUUUCAUUAUUUGGCUUUCACCGAACUGGAAGAGCAAAGUAAAGAAAAAAUAUUUGGAACUAUUCUUAAUUUUUGGAUGCAUCGAACUCCGGAUCAGGAAUCAUUCACCACACCCUUACUUAAAGCAACAUUAAACGUUUUUACCACCAUUCUGCAUGAACUUUUGCCCACCCCCGCUAAAACUCAUUACACGUUCAAUUUGAGGGAUUUAAGUAAAAUUUUUCAAGGAAUUUUAAUGAUGGCUCCGGAAUCCGUACAGGAUUUAAAUCACAUAAUUCGUUUGUGGUACCACGAAAACUGUCGAGUUUUCCAAGAUCGUCUAAUAAACGACGCCGAUCGCGAUUGGUUUGCCAAUUUAUUAAAAUCAAAAAUCGAUCAAGAUUUUAAGCAAAGUUCCGAGGAAGCUUUAGGACCUGAAAUGAUUCUUUUUGGAGAUUUCUUAGACCCGACCAGUGAUGUUCGAAAUUAUAUGGAAAUUACUAAUAUGACAAAACUUUCGUCCGCUUUAGACUUCUACUUGAGCGAGUACAAUAACCAAACAACCAGACCAAUGAAAUUAGUACUAUUUUUAGACGCUAUCGGUCAUAUUUGCAGAAUCGCUCGUAUUAUUCGACAACCGAUGGGGAAUGCUUUGCUUUUAGGAAUGGGUGGAUCAGGAAGGCAAAGUUUAACUAGACUUUCCGCCUACAUGAGUGAUUAUGCAUGUUUCCAAAUUGAACUGACUUCAGCUUACAGUGGAACCGAUUGGAAAGAUGAUAUUAAAGGUGUAAUGUUACAAGCUGGAUUAUAUAAUAGCGCGACAGUGUUUCUAUUUUCAGAUACACAAAUUAAAUCCGAAUCGUUUUUGGAAGAUUUAAACAGCAUAUUAAAUUCGGGUGAUGUUCCAAAUAUUUACGCAUCUGAUGAACUCGAUAAAAUAUUUCAAGAAAUGAAAGCUCUCGUAACUGAGAUGGGUUUAGCGGCGACCAAAUCAAAUUUAUUCGCCGUUUAUCAAAAAUGUGUUCGAAUAAAUUUGCAUACAGUUAUAUCAAUGAGUCCAAUUGGAGAACUGUUUAGAGCACGCCUCCGUCAAUUUCCAGCUUUAGUAAAUAAUUGCACUAUCGAUUGGUUUAGUGCAUGGCCCGAUGCAGCCUUACAAUCUGUUGCUUUACAAUUUCUGGAAGAAAUUCCCGACCUAGAUGUUACCCCGGCAGUGUUUCAAGGAAUCGUCAUUAUGUGCCAAUUUAUGCACGCUUCAGUCGUCGACGCAAGUUCCCUUUACCUACAAGAACUUUCCAGACACAAUUACGUAACACCAACACUUUAUUUACAAUUACUUUCAAGUUAUACCGAUUUAAUGGUGAAGAAAAAAACUGAACUUGAAGAGGGUGUAAAUCGAUUAAAAAUAGGUUUGGAAAAAUUGCAAAACACUUCUAAGGAAGUAUCAACUUUACAAGAAAACUUGGUUAUAAUGGCACCAGCUUUGGCAGAAGCCGCGAAAGAGGCCGAAGAAAUGAUUGUUCAAAUCGCCGCCGAUACGCAAGUUGCCGAAGAGGUCAAAGCGGUCGUCGUGAAAGAGGAAGAAGAAGCCACUAAAAAACAAAUCGCAACCUCCGCAAUUGCCGAAGACGCGCAAAGAGAUUUAGCCGCCGCUUUGCCAGCUUUGGAAGCUGCUGAAAAAAGUUUACAAUCACUGAAUAAAGGUGAUAUUAGUGAAGUUAGAACAAUGAAAAGACCACCGCAAGGUGUUAUUUAUGUCAUUGAAUCAAUUUGCAUUGUAAAGGGAGUUAAACCAAAAAUGGUGGCUGGUGAAAAGCCAGGACAAAAAAUUGCGGAUUAUUGGGAACCAGGAAGAAAUUUGUUAGGUGACCCAGGUGCUUUCUUACAAUCAUUAAUAUCUUUCGAUCGCGAUACAAUAACAGAUGACAUGAUUAAUAAAUUGCAAAAAUACGUUGAAGAUCCCGAUUUUGAACCGGCGAAAAUCGCAAAAGUUUCAAAAGCUUGUACUUCAUUGUGCAUGUGGGUUCACGCGAUGUAUAAAUAUUAUUUUGUAAAUAAAAUUGUUGCGCCUAAAAAGGCUGCUUUGGCAGAAGCAAACGCAGAGUUGGCGAUAACCGAAAAGAAAUUAGCUGAAUCACAAGCGAGAAUGCGUGCGGUAGAAAAACGUUUGGACAGUUUAAAUAGAAAACUUCAAGCGAGAAUCGAUUUUAAAGAAGAAAAAGAAAAAAGUAUGGCUGUUUGUGAGGAACGUUUAAACCGUGCUCAAAGAUUAAUUUCUGGAUUAGCUGGAGAAAGAGUUCGAUGGAUCGAAACUAUUGGUAUCAUUGAAGGACAAAUUAUUAAUGUAACGGGUGAUAUUUUAAUAAGUUCCGGUGCUGUGGCUUAUUUAACAAAUUUCACUGACAAAUAUCGACGCGGAAUGUUGUCCGAAUGGUAUCGAGUUUUAUCUAAUCACAAAAUACCUCACACUGAAAAUUCCAAUCCUGUUAACAUUCUUGGAGAAGCGGUUCAAAUAAGACAAUGGCAAUUAGAAGGUUUACCCAGAGAUUAUCUUUCAACGGAAAAUGCCGUUCUUGUUUCUUGUUCGAGAAGAUGGCCAUUAUUUAUUGAUCCACAAGGACAAGCCAAUAAAUGGGUUAAAUGUAUGGAAGUAGAAAUAAAACCGGAUAUUGUAUAA